UCCAAGGGAAUCCAGCUCAAUUUGGGGUCUAUCCGCUCGUAUCAUAAUAGGGAUUGUUAUAUUGCGAUUGGAGCAUUCAACAAUAAUUCUAUAUCCAGAGCAUAGUCGAACAGUAAAACCUGUAUUGAUGAUAGAGUUGAACCCCAGUAUAUAGCCGACUAGGCCUCGCAUACUCGAUCGAACAAAAAACAUGAUGAAUCGCUGGGUUGUACUCCGCCAAACGCCGAGAGUGAUAGACGGGUUCCCAUAAAUCUUACAGGAUGUUGUUCAGGAGCCUAACUCUCACUUUGGCAUUUAGCAUUGCCCCCUUCGUGCUUUCGGGGGCAAUGCCGCGCGACCGUCACGAUGGCGAACCCACCGUGAAAUCAUCGGUCGCGCUGGCCGCGGACACUUUUACCAACCCAGUGCUCUGGGAAGACUUGGCGGACCUGGAUAUCUUCCGGGUUGACGAUGCUUGGUAUUACUCCGCUUCAACGAUGCAUUACUCCCCAGGUGCUCCAGUUCUCCGAUCCUACGAUCUUGUUAAUUGGGAGUACAUCGGGCACUCGGUUCCGACGUUAGAGUGGGCUUCGAAGUACAACCUCACGGGAAAUGAGCGAGCAUACGUGAAAGGAAUCUGGGCUUCGACUAUGCGCUACAGGCCCAGCAACAAGAAAUGGUAUUGGCUUGGAUGUAUCGAAUCUGGAAAGACAUAUGUCUAUACAGCCCCAGACGCCGCCGGUCCGUGGAGUUUAGCAUCAACUCUCAACACGUGCUUUUACGACGCGGGUCUUUUGAUCGACGAUGACGACACCAUGUACGUUGCUUAUGGAAAUACACGACUAUCGGUAGCCCAACUUUCACCAGACGGUCUUAGCAUUGUCAAGACCCAACAAGUUUAUUCGUCGCCAGGUAACAUCGGUACACUUGAGGGCAGCCGGAUGUAUAAGUAUAAUGGGCAAUACUACAUCCUCACAACCAGGCCGGCCAGUUCAGAGUACGUUCUCAAGGCAUCCAGCCCUUUUGGUAGUUAUAGCAUCAAAAUUCUCGCCAACAGUCUUUCUCCGCCAGCCGCUGGAGGUGGAAAUCCUCACCAAGGGGGUAUUGUCGACACCCCAAAUGGAGAUUGGUACUACAUGGCCUUCGAAGAUGCAUAUCCAGGAGGCCGAAUCCCCGUUUUGGCUCCUAUCACCUGGGGUUCAGACGGCUUCCCAACUCUCACAACAUCAGGUGGUGGCUGGGGCGUCACAUAUCCAUUGCCUGUGCCGGCCCAUCCGUUGCCCUCAACACUCGGCACGGAUUCCUUCUCGGGAACGGCAUUAAGUCACCAGUGGGAGUGGAAUCAUAAUCCAGAUACAUCCAAGUUCAGUGUUAGCGACGGCUUAACACUGCAGACUGCCACAGUCACGAAUGACCUAUACGCCGCGCGCAACACGCUCACUCAUCGAAUCCACGGCCCAAUCUCGACCGCGACAAUUAUUAUCGACACGGCAGAUAUGGCUGACGGAGAUCGGGCCGGCCUCUCCCUCUUCCGAGAUCAAUCAGCAUGGAUUGGGAUUUUGAACGACGGUGGGGUGCUCAAGGUGGGUAUGGUGAACAGCAUUGCCAUGGAUUCGUCAUGGAGGACAACGAACACAGGAAGAACAGCCGCAACAGUCGAUGCCACCAAAGGCAAGAUUUACCUCCGCGGCACUGUCAAUAUCAACCCCGGUGCUGGUCGUACAGGAUCUUUCAGUUACAGCACCGACGGGACCACCUUCAAAGACUUGGGCACGGCAAUCACGUUGACUACCGAUUGGCACUAUUUCCUAGGAUACAGAUGGGGCAUAUUCAAUUUCGCUACCAAGGCGCUUGGCGGUUCUGUAAAGGUGAGCUCUUUUACGCAGGAGGCGUCUUAGCUUAUGUGAUGUUUUGUACAUGGGUCGUAAAGUUUUAUAUGCAGCUGUCUACAUCUUUACUUUCCUAAGAAUACGUUUAAUUUAGUACUAUGCAAAAUUAUGAAAAAAGAAAGGGAGACUGGUCCCCCCUUUCCUGAGAUGUACCCCACUUCACUGUGGCUGUGCUAGAAUGCCUAAU